GGGCUCCUCGGACUCCGCGGCCCACCCGCUUCCCUGAGGAGGCGCGGCGGGGGUGCGGCGCUGACGCUGGCAGUAUGAGCCAUACCCCUGCCUAUUCCGAGCACCUGGCGAGUCCCGACUACUACGAGAGGCUGGACCACCUCCGCGACGGGCUGCGGGACAGUGAAAAGAAGAGAUUGGACCUGGAAAAGAAACUUUAUGAGUAUAAUCAGUCUGAUACAUGCAGAGUUAAGCUGAAAUAUGUGAAACUAAAGAAAUACCUAAAGGAAAUAUGUGAAUCUGAAAAGAAAGCUCGUAUACGAAACCAAGAAUAUUUAAAGCGAUUUGAGCGUGUCCAAGCUCAUGUUGGACACUUUACCACAAAUACAGAGAAGCUUCAAAAACUAAAGAUUGAAUAUGAGACUCAUAUUAAGAAGAUGCAGUUACUCUCACAAGAUAGCCUAGAGAUAAAAAAUGAACUGAAGGAUGAAGACCAAGAAAAGGUUGCAGUGCAGGCGGGAAUUAUCUCAGGAACAACCAUGUCAAGAGGAUUGUAUCAACCAGCAACAUUCUUUAUGGGCCGCCAAAUGUCAGCUGUCUCAGACAUUGGAGAUUCUAGUACAGAGCAGAAAUCUUCCCAACCCGCAAAGAACUUUUCAAUUCCUGACCCACAUUCACACCAACAGACAGCCCCGAGCAGUAAUAUGACAGACAGCUCUGUAGUACAAACUGGUAGUGACACACAGUGCUUAAAUAAGUCUGACAAAAUAAAUGGAAAGACAUCUCUUAAGAUUGGUGAGAAAACGCCAGUCACAGCCAGUGUAUUGUCUGAGAAGGAACAAACUCAUUGCUUGGAGAUAGGCAGCAACACAUAUCGCAGCAAGAGUAAUUUAUCUGAAGGCAAAAAGUCUACUGAACUCCAUUCCCCAUUAUGGGAAAGAUUAAGUCCCGAGAACAGAACCACUGAUUUAAAGUGUGACAGUUCCCGCAGAUCAGAGGGAUCAGAGGCAGAAAUACUGACACGGGAACAUAUUGAAGUCGAAGAAGAAAGCGCCAACCCGCCAUUCUCUGCGAUAUCGGUUUCAGAAUACUGUGCAUCUGGAAAUAAGUGGGCUCAAGAGAACUAUUCUGCUGGCGGACAUGUCUCAGAUCAUCUUGAUCAUGAGGACCCAAAGUCACAAAAGCCCUUCAGAAAAAUGCAGGAAGAGGAGGAGGAGGAGGAAAGUUCAUGUAGCAGCAAUGACCUCACGGUUUCUAUAAGUGAAGAUGAUCUGGUUUUAAACAGUCCAGAACCACAGCCAAAUCCAGGUGACAAGAUGGAGGGAGAAGAUGGAAUAGAGGCCUUAAAAUUAAUCCACACUGAGCAAGAAAGAGAUGCCUUAUCCACUGAAAAAAAUAAUUGUAUUUUGCAAAUGCUAAGCUCCGCUGAUUCAAAAAAGGAAUCCUCCACUAACUCACCAACAAGAGAGUCUGAACAAGUACCAGACUCAGGCUUAUUGAAAGAACAGCUGGGUCAUCAUGUUGCCACCUUGAAUGAACAGGAUAAUUCUCUCAAAGAAGAGGCGCUUUUGAAAAAAGCCCUUACAGAAGAACGUGAAGAUAGGUCCACUGUUCUCAGUAAUGAAUCAUCUUGCAGCUUGCCAUCCAUUCUGAAUGACAACAGUGAGAUACAGGAAGCCAAACCUGCCCUGAGGCUCAACAUUGUUCUUACAAGGGAACAAGAAGUUUCAAAUGGCUUUGGAGACAAGAGCAAGGAAAAAAACAUUUCUGCAAAGAUCCCAAUCACAGAAACAAAAGCCUACCAGUUACUGAAGAAUUCUACCCUUCAGGAUAAUACAAAUCAAACUGAAGACAGAUUUCAAAAGGCUAGUGCUUCUGGAUCCCAACUAUCAGGUGACGGACAGUUAAGCAGCAGACCUGUAGCAGAAACAUCCAAGGCCAAGAACUCCCAGGAGGCAGAGAUCAGGGAUUCCCCUGCAGGUUUGAAUAUUGGCAGCAGUGCAUUCAAGACAAAGACAACUGACAAAAUCGCUUCGGAAGCUAGUUUUUCACAUGGGGAAGGAAGUCCUUUGUCAAGGCAUGAAAACAAAAAGGAACUAAUGACCCAUUUAAAGUCUAAAGGCUUCUGGGGUGAGUCUGAUGACAGUAACUCGGAAAUUGAAGCUGCUUUACGUCCUAGAAACCAAAACACACCCAUCGAUGAUUUUGAUGAUUUUUAUGAUUCAUAAGCGGAACCAUCUAUUGGAAAUAAAAUCUUUAAACAACCUGAAA